AUGCCGGAAUUGAGAGCCCCGAUAUCUGGUCUUCGAACGCGCGCAGAGGGCCACGUCGCUCAGGGAGACACACAUGCAGUGGUGUGCGACCUCAACCAACAUGAACCUAGCGUUGGACUAGCACACGAAGAGACCGUAGCCGGGGAGGCUUCAUCAUCCGAUAGCGAUGAUUCUGACACCAAUGAUGAAAACCAGGAUGAAGACGCAAACCCGGCUGGAGCCUUGGUGAGGGAUUCGUACGGACGUCCUCGUUUCAUCGGCGGUGCGACUCACAACAUACUAAUCGAAGCUGCCAAAAGCUUGCUGCCAGCAGCUCCUAUGACGACACCUUCGUCGACCGGCGCAAGCCACAGCGCGCAGAGUAUCGACGACCUUGAACUUCCUCUUUUCGUCCGGGGAAAAGUCUGGCCCGAUUCACCUUUCAUCCCCAAACCAGAGACUCUGCCGCGACCACCACAGUACAUCGCGGAUGUUCUCAUCAGUCUGUAUUUCGACAAGCUGCAUUACACGUUUCCGGUUCUUUUCAGGCCGCACUUCAUGCGCCGAUAUCAGAAACUGCUCAAGGCUGGUCAAGACUGCUCCUCGCCGAAGCACCGCCGGUUCCUGAUGGUGUUCUUUGCUGUCUGUGCAUGCUCCUCCAGUCUCCUACCAUCACAUUCUGAGAACGAGCUUCCUGGAAUUGAGUACUACCAGAAAGCACUUCUCAUGUCUCACGCGUCUAAUGGCGAGGCAUCACUGGAGAGAAUUCAAUGCUUAGCCUUGCUAUCCAUAGUAACCUCAAUCUGCCUUGGACGACCCAUGGCCAUUCAAGACGACGAUUGCGACUGUGAACUUCCGCUGGAUCUUAGAGACGAAGACCUGGAACCCCUUGACCAAAAACGCAGGCGUCGUCUCGCGACUGAGGAGUUGACAACACUGAAGUCCAGUCCUGUCAGUGGAUUCUUGGCGUUCGCUCGACUAUGUCGUCUGGCCGGCAAGAUUCAACGUCUCAACUCGCCCCUGCAGCUGCGCAAACUUGCCUCUGCAGGCGUCGAUAAGCUGCAUAAAUUUCUUUCUCGUGUCGACUCGCACGACCAAGCGCUGCGAAAAUGGCUGGAAAGCCUACCGCCAGAUAUUCAGUUUUCAGCAAAUAGCAUGGAGAGAGGUCCCGGAGGAGAUCCUGCUCUGGUCAUGUGUGUGAUCAUCUUCAUCCUACACGCGGGGUCUCUCUUGAAUCUCUACCGGUGCUUCUUGAACUACCCCAAGCAGUCUAGACUGGGCGAGGAAGCCGACAUCUCAGGUGCUAUCUCGCAGUGUGUAAAUGCAGCGCAAAGUUGCAUCAACGCUGCCGAGAUUGUACGAGACCUGGUCCCGACUUCUCAUUACCUAGCAAUCUGCGUCCAUUACAUGACGCUUUCCGGUAUUGUCCUGUAA